GUUUUCACGACCUUGUACGGCAAGCACGCUGCCGCUCUGUAUGCGCAAGCCGCAGACUUUAACAAGACUGCGCGCUUCUACUACAUGAAGGCCCAGGAUGCGUACUACCUCGCUAACGCGCAGGCCUCCUAUGAUGAUUGGCGCCGCGCUAGGAGGCAGUGGGACUACUUCUACCGCAGGAAGUAAACCAGAGUGGGUUAAAAUGCACGUCCGUCCACCGCUGGUGGGAUCGGUAUGGCGGUUCCAUCGAUUAAGGCAGGGUCGUCAGUUGAUCAGAUUUUCUAUUCGAUAAAUAUCCAUCACUGCUUUAUUCCGUGCUCCUGGAAAUGCAACACAUUAAAGAGAUGGAAUUC